CAGUAGCUGUGCAGUAGUAGUGUACCUCUGCAGACAGAGGUGGCAGUUCCAGCAACAGGGUGUCUGUCCCCACCAUGGCCCUCUCUAGGCUCCUCGGGGAGGUCAAGGGCUACCUGCGGAUCCACAACCUCCUGGCCCGCCAGUGUCUGGCAGAGUUCCUGGGUGUAUUUGUGCUGCUGCUCAUCACCCAGGGGAGUGUGGCCCAGGCUGUGACCAGUGAAGAAAGAGUAGGCAACUUCUUCACCAUGUUCCUGGGGGGCGCUCUGGCCGUUAUCAUAGCCAUCUAUGUGGGUGGCAACGUCUCAGGGGCCCACCUGAAUCCAGCCUUCUCCUUGUCCAUGUGCCUCCUGGGACGCUUCCCCUGGGCCAAGCUGCCCAUUUAUAUCUUUGUGCAGCUGCUGUCUGCUUUCUGUGCCUCAGGAGUCACCUAUUGGGUUUACUAUGAUGCCCUACAGAACUAUACAGGUGGGAACUUGACGGUGACUGGCCUUAGGGAGACAGCCUCCAUCUUUGCGACUUAUCCUGCCUCCUAUCUGUCCCUGAACAACGGCUUCCUGGACCAGGUUCUGGGUACCAGCGUCCUGAUUGUGGGGCUCUUGGCCAUCUUGGACAAACGAAACAAGCCAGUGCCUGCCGGUCUGGAACCCGUGGUGGUGGGGAUGCUGGUCUUGGGCAUUGGAUUAUCCUUGGGUGCCAAUUGCGGCUACCCACUCAACCCCGCCCGGGACCUGGGCCCAAGGCUCUUCACCUACGUGGCUGGCUGGGGCCCUGAAGUUUUCAGUGCUGGCAACGGCUGGUGGUGGGUGCCCGUGGUGGCCCCUAUGGUGGGUGCCAUCCUUGGCACGGCUGUGUACUAUCUGCUGGUAUCUUUGCACCAUCCUGAGGACUCGGAGCCGGCUAAGGAUGCCAAGCCUGCUCCACACAAAGUCCCAGCCCAGACGCUGGAGUCCCUCACGCCCUCCCCGCGGAACGCGCUAGUCCUUCCACACCCUUUCCUCCAAAUUAAAAAGAACAUCUCGGCGCUACCUGGCCUCGUGAAUGGUUCCUUUCAGCGGCGGGCCGGCUGCGAGGGCAGCCUGCCGGGGCCCGGGCGCUCGCCGUGGGCCGGCGGGGACCCUCCCCAUGCCCCGCACAAACAUGGCGGCGCUCCCCUCAUCCCUCCCCGAAACCCCCUCCCGCCCCCCGCCCUCUGCCGCCAUCUCCGUCACUUCCGCCCCGCCGUGGCCGAAACUGACACAAAGUAG